AUGGCAUACCAACCUGGUGGCUUUGGACUAAGUGCCAAGCCUGUUGACACUGGAAAGAAAAGAAAAAUAACACCAAAACAGACAAAAACCAAUGAAGUAAAUGAACAACAUCAAAUAACCUUUGUUAUGCCAACUGUUGAAGUAAUUGGUAAAAAACGACGGACAUGACAUUCAGUUUUGCACAUAAAAAGUAUCUGCUGAAUAACUCUGUGAUAUUUAUUCAUAUAGCUUGAUGAGACAUGCGGAAUACUUUGGCAUCAACGUUUGAUGUUUUAAGCUGGCCUUGGCAUUUGUGGCGUCCAGAAUUCUUCGGUCAAGUGACAUGCAGGAAGCUUUCAGUAAAGAAAAUAGGUAAUGAUAACCCCAAUGUGGUUCUACUUAUGAAAUCAAUGUUAACAAAGAUUUCUAUUCAAGGUGGCUUACAUCAGUGGACGUCAAACAGCGGUAUCCACACGCCCAAGGGAAGUAUACUGUUCACCAGUAACACCCAAGAAUCUGACAGGUAUCUUAAAUUAUUUUAUAAUACAGUAUAGUAGCCAGAAGGGUUAUCUGGCUUACUUCUGUUACCCUUACAUACAUGUAAAUAUGGCUGCAUGUCACAACCAUAGAUUAAAAUCGUCGUAUCCUAGUUAAUCCAGCAUGACUUAAGCUAAUCUUUUUGGCAAUUUCCAUUGAUGUAAAGAUGUCUUUGCAAUCCAUAUUCUCCGAUAUAACCACUUUUUCUUUUCCACACAGCAAAAACAUCUGUUAAACCCCAGUCCUUUAUCAAAUGGCACAUCAGGUAACUAGCUGCUACGACUAUUUUGGCACCAAAGUCGAGAACUAUUCCAUCCACAUUUCUUUGUUUUAUUUGCCAAACAAACUAAUGAUGUUCAUUGAGGAUAUUACAGAUUGGACAAAUCCCUGCAUGGUAAAUUGUUAAUUUAUAUCUUGUUUAAAUCUCUAAGAAGUAUUAUUGUGCGGUCAGUCAUCUCGAUCAUUGGGCUGGUAUCAAGCCAACAAUGUUGAGAUUUGCUUUGUGGUCUGCUGUGACAAUUUGAAGCGUUCCUUCAGUAUUGGGGACAUGCUAUUCAUUAUUUGUUUGUCCUGCUCUGCUGAUAUAUUAUUGACCAGCAUCAUCAUACCCAGUGCAUGGACAUAAUAUGGUAGGGUAUGGUGCGUGGCGUGGUAUAGUAUGGCAUAUGUAUUGUCUUCUCAUUCCUUAUCACGCUUGAAGAUCAACAAUCUUCCAGAGCUUGCCGCCGACGAAAUAAAAGGCGGAGAAAAGCCGCCCAAAAAGGAAGUGGAGCUCCUCACCCAGCCGCCCAAUAUAGUUAAAGCACUUGAACAGGCGUUGUGAUCUAUCACAAUAUUUGUAAAUGAAACCGGUCCGCUUUUACACACGUUUGGCGACACUUUGGAUUUCACUCGUUAAACCAACUUGAAGUUUCACACGAUUCUUGCAAUUGUGUUUUACGUAUAGCCCAGGCCACAUCAAUAUAUAACUUGAGAUCUCGUUUUCCCCAAUAUAUGAUGUGGUCAUAUUUUUAAUUUUAUGAAGUAAAUUUUUGUUACUUUUUAAAAAUAUAAUAUGAAACAGCACUUUUUAAUUUUAUAUCAAGAUUAUUCCAGAUAUCAAUUCCUUUACUGGAUGCUCUUCUUGUCUUGAGAUUUCCAGAAUAAGCUUGUCUUUACUAUUAAUUCUAGUUACAAAUGGAUUAUUUAAUUCUUUCAUUUUAGAUGUGUCCUCCUGAAAGCAAGCGACUUUGAGGCAAAGUCGUUGAUGGACGCGUUGAGGAAUCAGUUCUGUGUUUCAGCUAUGCAUGUUUUUGGUGGUGUAAAAGCCCGGGACGUCAAAUAUCUAUGGGCGAGUACACACAAAAAUGUGAACCCUUGCCCGAUCAACAGCGGAUUUGGGUACAUCACGAAUAACCUGGGAUAUCAAUCGAUUCCAACAUAG